AAAAAAAUCUUUUUUUUUUUUCUUUUAUUGAAACCAGUCCAUCCAUUUUGAAUAUCCGCCUUUCUUUCUCAUUCUAAACACAUGCAAGAAAAGGAGGGAUUAGAACCCACGCGUGAAGUGGUAUUAGGCACCGACCAUGAAUUUCGUUUCGAAGUGGACUUCAGUACCAAAGUUAGCAUAAAACUCGUGAAAGGCACGGCAGAAAUCUUUGGCACAGAAUUAGCCAUGGGCGUCGUCUACACUUUUACAGGCAGAAAGGCCGCUGUCUAUACCUGGCACGGGUGUACACUCGAGGUCAAGGGCGCAUUCUCUGUCGAAUACACCGCUAACGAAACUCCCAUGACCAGUUAUCUCAAUACCCAUUUGGCCUUGGAAGGAUUACGACAAACCGCUCACGAUCAACACGAAAUGGGUCCUCGUGUCAUGGUCAUUGGACCCCAUGAUGUAGGUAAAACCUCGCUCAGCAAGAUUUUAGUGAGUUAUGCUUUAAGACAAGGCGGUAGCCCUAUUUAUGUCUCCUUGGAUACCACAGAGGGAUCUAUCACGAUGCCAGGGACAGUAACAGCAACAUGUAUCAGUCAUAUCAUUGAUGUGGAAGAAGGAUUUGGAUCUUCCGCCACGACAGCGGCGUCCAUGGGCUCGUCGACGAUGCCAUUAGCUUAUUAUUACGGGUUUGAAAGUCCAGCGGAGAAUGUGAAGCUGUACAAGCUGGUGUGUUCUCAAUUAGCGGAAGCGACGCGUAGUCGUAUGGCGGUGGAUGAGGGAUGCCGAGAAUCUGGAUUUAUUAUUGAUACAGCGGGAUUGAUUGAUCAUGUAGGCUAUGACAUUAUUCAGCAUGUGAUUGAAGAAUUUCAGGUGAAUGUGUUGAUUGUGUUGGGUCAUGAACGAUUGUAUAGUGAUAUGAACCGUAUCCUGGGCCAAAACAAGUCUGUAUCUGUGGUCAAACUUUCAAAAUCGGGUGGUGUGGUAGAACGCGAUCGACAGUUUAAGGCGCGUUUACAACGAGCCAAGAUUCAUGAAUAUUUCUAUGGUACACCUAAAUGUGAAUUAUCGCCUUAUAGUAUGCUUGUGAAUUACGAUGAUAUCAAGAUCUGGAGAGUGGGUGAUGUGAUUGCCCCCUCUAGUGCGUUACCGUUGGGCAUGGAUAGUUCUUCAAAUGAAACUCAAGUGGUUAAAGUAGACAAUUAUGACAUGUGUUUGCAUUCUAUUUUGGCUAUCUUGAACGCAGAUCAAAACGAGCAUGAAAACAAGAUUUUGGAAAAUAACGUGGCGGGUUUUAUUUAUGUAUCAGAUGUUGAUGAUGAAAAGAGAAAAGUCACCAUUCUUUCUCCUUCACCUGGUAGAUUGCCCAAGAAACAUCUCUUAAUGGGCUCUUUUAAAUGGAUGGAAACAUAAAAAGACCCUCAUUGUACAUAUAGAAUAAAUUUCUCUUUUUUUUUUAUUAUUAUUCUUA